AGUUUUGUCAUAACACUAAAUGUAUCAGUGGAAAAGAGAAACACUCCAUUUUUAAUUUGGUAACUUGAAAAAAACAAUCAUUGGUUUGUAAAACGUUUUACAAAAAAUUAAAAAAAAUUUUAGUGCAAAAGUUUUUUCAAGCGAACUUUAUAACGAGAAUAAAGUUGAAUGAAGGACAAGUAUUUAUUCUGAUGCAAGCUGGUUUUAUGCAGGUGGAUGGUACAUCGUGAAGCAACAGUCCUGAAUUGAAUGUUGAGGUUUGUUUGACAAUGAAUGAUCAAAAUAAUUCAAGAGAAACACGUAUUACAUAUGGUUCUAUAGAUCCCAACGUGGUGGCAGCAUUGAAAUCAACCGAAACCACACACGCUGCAAAGAAAACAAGUUUCAAUAAGACGCCUCAUUCACAAGUUGAGUCGAAUGUGCCGGAAAGAGUGGAAGCUCAUCGGAAAAUUCUCGAAUCUUAUGAAAUGGAAAAGGUCGCUCGAAGCGUUCUAGCUCCAACUCUGGAUAACGAUGUGAAAACUCGACUGCGAGAAUUCGGAGAACCUAUUUGUUUGUUUGGAGAAGGGCCGUUUGAAAGAAGGGAAAGAUUACGCUUUCUUUUAGCGAAACGUGCUUUUCGGCUGGACACGACUCCUGAAAUCGUUCGCAUGGAGCAUGCGAAGGUUGAAACUCAUCAAAAGCUUUUUUUCUCUGAGGGUGGCCCUCAUUUACUUGAAGCACGCAAAUGGAUUGCUCGUUAUUCGUUACCUCGUUCGGUGAAACGUUUACGACGAGAUCGAAAAGAAUAUGAUGCCUCCGAUCCUUUAGCAGUGGAAGCUGAGGUCGCUGAAUACAAUAAUGAACUGUGCAAAAAACUUCACGUUUCGUUAAGUCAAGCUUGUGCUGAGCGUCCUGUAUGUCGUGGACAGUUUUCUCCCGGAAGCGCCUUUUUUGGAACAGCAAGUUGGUGUCCAACAAUACGAUUAUGGCAGAUCCCAGGUUGCGAAGAAUUCCGCUCAGGGUUAGAAGGUCAUACUGAGCGAGUGCACGGAUUAGGGUGGUCACCUUUUUUUAAAAGCACAGCUAGCUGUGAAACACAAAAAUUGAAAACUAUUUCAGAAGAUCGAAACCAAAAUUUAGUUUCUGAAGACACACAUCCUAUUGAUUUUUCAGAAGGAGUCCAUUUAGCGUCUGGUGGCGCAGAUACCAAAAUCAUUUUAUGGUCAUUGAAAUCCAUGAAAUCGCUCAGUAUACUUGAAGGUCACGAUGAUCGUGUAAAUCAUGUGGAAUUCCAUCCUUCUGGAAGAUUUUUAGCUUCUUCGUCACAUGAUGAGACAUGGCGACUUUGGGAUGUUGAAAGAUCACAAGAACUCUUAGUGCAAGAAGGCCACUCAACAGGCGUUUACAGUUUAAAAUUUCAUCCAGAUGGGUCUCUCAUUUUAUCGGGAGAUCUUGGGGGAAUUAUUCGAGGAUGGGAUUUACGUACAGGCAGAUCUGUGUUCCCCCUUCUGGGGCAUAUAAAGCAAGUUUUGGGAAUCUCUAUAAAUCCUUGGCGCCCAAAUCAAGUGGCAACAUGCUCGGAUGAUAAUACUAUUCGAAUCUGGGAUAUACGGAAGCAAAGAUGUGUAGAUAUGAUUUUAGCUCAUGAUAAGUUAAUUUCUCAUGUUGUUUAUGAGCCUUGUCAUGGUCGAUUCCUCCUUAGCACCAGUUUUGACUGUACUCUUAAAAUUUGGAAUGCUACAGAAUAUACGUGUAGUCGUAUUCUUCUAGGUCAUGAAGCCCGUAUAACAGGGGCUGACAUUUCAGAUAGUACGGUUUUGAACGUGUUUCUCUUAAUAAAUAAUAUUUCUUCUUUUUUUAGAUGGUGCGUUUAUUGGUUCGGUAUCUUUUGAUCGUACUUUCAAGCUGUGGAGUUUAACAUAAUAUAUUUUACCUUAAUUUUUUAUUUUGAUACCUAUUUUCCUUCGCUCUGCGUUACACAAAUGAACCAGUGAAUGUUUUCUGAAUCACGAAAUCCUUAUGACAC